CUCAUUUGAAGGGCCAUACUUUUGGCCAUGUAGUGUAUUGUUUAAGCCUCCUGCUUUGGGCUGGAUGUGUCAAUGAGUAGUUCAUACAUGCAUAAUUUAUGUGCAGAAUUACUGCCUUCCUUCAAUUUGCCACGGAAGUGACUGUUUUCUUGAAGUUGUUCCAUUUCCCCCCCACCUUGGCCAGCCCCCUGGCAAUCCAAAUUCUAGCAAAUGUACUUCAGCCCCUCGCACCAUUUUCCAAAGAGGUUGCAGGGUUGGCCCAAUGGCUCAGUGGACACGAGAGAGAUAGCGAGAGAGAGAAAUGACGUGGUGCACAUAUCUGGACAUGCGACGCAGUACGCAAUUUUCGGGGAACACUUUUGGCCCGUGCAUGCUAGUUUCAGAACUACUAGCAAAAAAAUGAUACAAAAGUACCAGUGAAUCUCUUUAAAAAGUGGCCAAUGAGCUGAAAUCCAAUCAAAAAAUUAAAAUCUUAAAGUAGUAGUAUUUUGGUCAUAUGACAUGUGUCUAGAAUAUGACCAUUAUAUAACAUCAUAAUUACAUCAUGUGCCCGUUGGGAUGGAGUACUGUCUCAUGCUCUCUCAGGCCCCAGAGCCUUAGCAGGGUAUUUGGGGUUUUGAAUGACUGAAGGAUUAGAAUUUUUUGGUUUAUGUAAAUUUUUUGUAGAUUGAAUAAUGUUAUUUUCCCUUCCCCAUAACGGAAUAAAAUGUCACCUUGUGCAUUUUUUCACCCAGUCCAGUGGGUGGCGGCAAUGCAUCUUUUGCUUAAUAUUCGCCACAAAACCUCACCGAAGUAGUAGUAAACGGAAGUAAGCAUUGACCAUUUACAAUUUUCACGUUAGCGGUUUGUUGUUGUUAUUUAUACAUUUAUUAACGCCAUGGAACUCAAAAUAUUACUAAUUUAACUGCAUAGCAUCACAUACUUGCAUCAGGUAGACUUAAAUUUGCGUUGGAGACAGGACUUGUUUGAUAUUGUCUAGGUAAACUAGCUGCAAACGUUAACGUUAGCUAACAAUGGCUGACUGUGUGGUUUUUCACACUCAAAUAGCCUCCAUCAUGGAGGUGUUAGCGAAUGCAGCCGUGGCAAAUAUCUGUAAACUCGUAGAUGACGACUAUGCAGUGUUUCGUAUGGAAAUAAAUCAAAGCCAGAAAGAAAACAGGUCAUUGCGAAGGAAACUACUAGAACUGAAGGUGGCACGGGAGCGCGCUGAGAGGACAAUGCGAGAGCGCGUCCUCGCCAUUCGUCCCAGUAAUGUCAAGAUCUCCGACCGAUACAGAGGAACGGCAAGAGGUGAAGGAAAUCUCACUGGAGGCCACAGGAGCUUUGUGAAGCCAGCAGCACACAAAACAUGGAAAGAUGACCAACCAAUCACUGUUGAUGAGGGGAUUGGAACCUCAACCCAGCACGUUAUCAUGAUAGAGUCUGCAGAUGCAGAGGCUGCAGGUCCAGGGGUCAAGCUGGAGAGGUCUGAAAGAGAGGAGGACCCAUGGCACAGCAGAGACACCCAGACUCGAGUGGUGGUAGAGCCCCUUGUAGCCACAAAGGACCCCCCCACCAUUGCCCCAGCGCCGCCCAGGACCCGACACAGAAUCACGGAGGUCAGUGGAACGCAGAACGCCGUCCUCAAGUCAGAGACAGACACGGAUACUUUAACUGUAACACACAGGCUCUUACGCACAGGAUCUGACCACAGAUCAGACCCAGAGAGACUGGGGAAGGGGCCACUGCGCUAUCCUCCUGCUCUCGGCACAGAUUACUUACCGGGAUUUCACCAGAGCCAGAGGAUGGUUCAUUCCCGUGGAGAUGGUGAAAUGUUAGACACUGCUGGUGAUGAUCCGUCUUGUUCUUACACUACAGAGAUGGACCCUGGCAACAUAUCCUUGGGUUUAGAGACACAUACUGAUCUGUCUAGAGGGGACUGGAACCGGUACAGUAGUAGUGUAUACUCUGAAGGGUGCCUAGAUAAGAAAGGGGAGGGUCUGGUCGUAGAUGAGGUCACUGUGAAAGUGGAGGGCGACGCUCCUCUGACAUGGAAUGUAGACAAGACUCACUUAGGAGAAGGAUACUCACAAGGCAGAGAUUUCUUAGAUUACAGGGAAAGUUUGGAGACAAAUCCAAAUGUCACGACCCACUCUCCUUUACACACGGUCAGGGAUCGCGAGUCAGUGUCCACGUCGAUGGGACCUUCCGAAUCACACGACCACGUCCUUUUCGAUCAGGUAUUGAACUCAAAGGGCCAAAGGGCCAAGGGGAGGGGAGGGGGAGCAACAUCAGGCAAUAGUAAAGAGAAACGGUUCCUCUGCAUGUUCUGUAACAAAGGCUUCAGCUGCCUCCAGAAGGUGGAGAUCCACCAGAGGGUCCACACAGGGGAGAAACCCUACAGCUGUAAGCAGUGUCAUAUGCGCUUCGCUGAGGCUGGCAACCUGAAGAGGCACCAGAGGGUCCACACAGGGGAGAAACCCUUUGGCUGUACCCAGUGUCACAUGCGCUUCGCCCAGGCUGGUCACCUGAAGAGACACCAGAGGGUCCACACAGGGGAGAAAUCUUACAGCUGACCCCAUUGUGAGAAGAGAUUCUCCUGGAAGAGGUUCUCAGAUGGGAACUACCACCAGCAGAAAAAAUAUUCCACUCUAUAACAUAGAAAGCAACUAUUCGUCUCAGUAGCUUCUGAUGUUAAGUUCAAACACUGCAUUAAAGACAACAAUUAAUUUUCAUUAUUGUCAUCAGAAAAUAUAAUUUGACACAACGAGAGUUACAGAUUUCAGUGUUGAAUAUUGCUGGGUAGAAUAUUGCAUCCAGACAUUGUGUGAUAUACACUGAGUGCACAGAACAUUAACACCUGCUCUUUCCAUGGCAUAGACUGAACAGAUGAAAGCUAUGAUCCCUUAUUGAUAUCAUUUAAAUCCACUUCAAUCAGUGGAGAUGAAGGGGGGAGACCGGUGGAAGGAUUUUUAAGCAUUAAAGACAAUUGAGAAAUGGAUUGUGUAUGUGUGCCAUUCAGAGGGUGCAUGGGAAAGACAAAAUAUUUAAGUGCUUUUGAAAGGGGUAUGGAAGUAGGUGCCAGGCACACUGGCUUGUGUCAAGAACUGCAACACUGCUGGAUUUUUAACACUCGUAAUGUAUGAGGCAUAUAUAAGCCUAAAAAGUCUUACAUAGUGUGUUUGAUUUGAACAUGUAUUGACUCAGGGUUUGAAUACUUAUCUAAUCAAGAUAUAUUCUGUUCUUUCUUGAAAUCUUAAGUCAAAUGUUAGAAUUUUUCUUCCACUUUGACAGGGUAUUUUUUGUUGAUCAUUGACACAAAAAAAAUACAAUUAAAUCAAUUUUAAUCCCAUUUUGUGACACAGCAAAAUGUGGAAAAAGUCAAGGGGUGUGAAUACUUUCUGAAGGCACUACUUAAUUUCUAUAAGGUGCUAUAUUGUGCUUGAACAUUGUAGGCUAAAUGCCUAUUUCAUUACUUCCAUACAACUAUUUAAAAUUAAUGCAAUUUAUCAAGCAGAUUUGUAGUGGAGACGUGCAUGUGGUGGUUUUCAUAUGUUGUAUUUCAAAUGAGUUUGUUUAAUAAAAACAAAAAAUACUUUUUUUAAAUUAUCAUUGAGAUGAUCUUUAAUAUACAUCGCAUCUGAUCUCACCCUAUUCUCCAUAAGCACGACUGCACGUUAUAUGCAUACCGGCACACUAGCAAACACCUACUGUACACGUCAAAAUAGUAUAGUCAGGUUUGUCUCAUGAUUACUUUUGACUUAUCAUAGCUGACUCAUUUACCCACAACAACAUAUUUAUGUCCACCAUGAUUUGUUUAACAACAAUUAAGUCAUUCUGUAUCUACAGUAUAGGACUCAAGCGUUGUGGGGAUGGGUAAACACCCCAUGUUGAAAGUGUGUUUAUUAUCUGUGUGUACAUACCUGAGGGAGUGUGUCCGUAAUCUGU